AUGGCAUCAACAGGUCUUCAGCUGCUGGGCUUGGUGUUGGCUAUGAUGGGUUGGGUGGGCGGGGCGUUGGUGUGCGCGGCUCCUCUGUGGCGUGUGUCCGCCUUCGUGGGUGGAGAGCUGGUGAUCGCCCAGGUGUUGUGGGAGGGACUGUGGAUGAACUGCCUGUCUCAGACCACAGGCCAGAUCCAGUGCAAGUCCUAUGACUCCACCCUGGCCCUUCCCACGUCUGCCCAGGCCGCCCGGAGCCUCACUGUUCUCGCUCUACUUCUCUGCCUCCUGGCCCUCAUGCUCGGGGUGGCCGGGGCCAAGUGUACUCACUGCAUGGGGGACAGUAACCAGGCCUCCAAGGCUCGGCUGGCCAGGAUAGCAGGGCUGCUCUUCCUUGUGGCUGGCUUGGCCUACUUGAUACCCAUCUGUUGGACAGCCCAUACAAUCAUCAGGGACUUCUAUGAUCCGACUGUUGCAGCGCCUUUAAAGAGAGAGCUGGGGCCGGCCCUGUACCUGGGCUGGGGCGCCAGCCUGCUGCUCCUGGUGGGGGGAUCUCUGCUCCACCUGGGCUCUUCUCCACCGGGAGCAAGAGCACUGCCUGUUUUCGGUGGAGCAGCGAAGGACAACCCAGUGACAGGGGCGUCAGGGGAGGCGAAGCAACAGGAAAAAUCCUUUGUAUGAGAUGAUUUGAUUGGACAUGCAAGGUCAAACUAC